CAUGGAUAUAUUCUAGAAUAUCAAUAAUUCUAAAAAACGUCACUCUCAGAAUAAUUCGUACUGUACAUGAUAUUUCCACGAUGAAUCCACACUUCCGAUUUCUCGUACUUCGCUCUGCAUUUUUUCGCAUUUCUUCUCAUUGCGGGUUGGUACUUUUUGCGAAAUACCCAAUUCCUGGGAAGGUUGAACCAAGGACGUUUGCAUUCGGAACAUUUUCCAGAAAUCUUACAGUGCUUGAUAAGAAGACGUCUUCUCCAGCACGACUUUUACGAAAAAAGUAUAGGGGCAUAUGAACUUCUGAGUGAUCCAUGACGAUGGUUAUUUUGUGAAUGACUGUCAAGGCGUGGAGGAAGGGGAAGCUGUGACUUUUUCUUUGAGAAUUUAGAUCUGUGAAUCAUGACGAAAGGCAAAAAAUCGGGAAGGGAUUUGAAUGCUUUGAAGCAGGAGUUGGAGAUCGACGUUCACAAAGUUACCCUUGAGGAGCUUUAUCGCCGUUUCCAAGUUGACCCCGAGCGUGCUUUCAGAAGUACCGUAGUUCCAUGUUCAACUUAUUAUGAUCCGCGUGGAAAGCAGACAUCCCUCACUCACAAAUCUUCGUUUUGCAAAUUCCUAAUGACGCAUUCCUGUUAUUUGCAGGGUCUGAGCGACAAAGAGGGCAAGUUACGACUUGAGCGAGACGGAUUCAACGCACUCACACCGCCCCCGACUGUGCCGGAAUGGGUCAAAUUCUGCAAGAAUCUCUUCGGCGGGUUCGCUCUUCUUCUGUGGAUAGGGGCCAUUCUGUGCUUCGUCGCCUACUCCAUCCAGGCGAGCACUUUCGAAGAGCCUCCUGAUGACAAUUUAUAUUUGGGUGUCGUGCUGGCUGCCGUCGUGAUCGUUACCGGUGUCUUUUCGUACUACCAAGAGGCUAAAAGCUCAAAAAUUAUGGAUUCCUUCAAGAACAUGGUUCCACAGUACGCCUUGGUACUGAGGGAUGGGCAGAAAAUAACAAUGAGGGCUGAGGAGCUGGUCAUGGGUGACGUUGUGGAAGUGAAGUUCGGGGAUCGGAUCCCAGCAGAUCUGCGGGUUAUCGAGUCCCGUGGAUUCAAAGUGGACAACUCCUCGCUGACGGGAGAAUCUGAACCACAAUCGCGGUCCCCGGAUUUCACCAACGAGAAUCCAUUGGAAACCCGCAAUCUGGCCUUCUUUUCCACGAACGCCGUCGAAGGAACUUGUAAGGGUUUGGUCGUCCAAACGGGUGACAACACUGUCAUGGGCCGAAUCGCUGGCCUUGCAUCGGGCCUGGAGACUGGAGAAACGCCAAUAGCAAAGGAAAUUGCACAUUUCAUUCACAUCAUCACAGGUGUCGCUGUAUUUCUAGGUGUUACGUUCUUCCUUAUCGCCUUCAUCUUGGGUUAUCAUUGGCUCGAUGCAGUAAUUUUCCUCAUCGGAAUUAUCGUUGCCAAUGUUCCUGAAGGAUUACUUGCCACCGUCACGGUCUGCUUGACAUUGACUGCGAAGAGGAUGGCUUCUAAGAACUGCCUAGUGAAGAACUUGGAAGCAGUGGAAACGCUGGGAUCUACUUCGACUAUUUGCUCGGACAAGACAGGAACCCUAACUCAGAACCGAAUGACUGUAGCACACAUGUGGUACGACGACCAGAUCAUCGCUGCCGACACAACGGAAGAUCAAUCCGGGCCCCAGUUCGACAAGGGCACCAUGGGCUGGCGGUGUUUGUCACGGGUGGCUGCUUUGUGCAAUCGAGCAGAAUUCAAAGCGAAUCAGGAGAGCCGACCAAUUAUGCAGCGUGAGGUGAACGGGGAUGCGUCGGAAGCGGCAUUGCUGAAAUGUGUGGAGUCAACAAUGGGAGACGUCGCUAAAUACCGACAGCGGCACAAGAAAGUCUGCGAAAUUCCGUUCAAUUCCACGAACAAAUAUCAAGUCAGCAUCCACGAGACAGAGGACGCUUCUGACAACUCCUACUUGCUUGCUAUGAAGGGAGCCCCGGAGCGGAUUUUAGAACGUUGCUCCACGAUUCUUAUCAACGGGAAAGACGUCGAUCUUGACGACACAUUGAAGGACUCUUUCCAAAAAGCCUACCUUGAUUUGGGCAGUUUGGGCGAGCGUGUACUUGGAUUCUGCGAUUACAAGUUGCCAGAGGACACGUAUCCCCCGAAUUAUCCAUUCGACGCCGAAAAUCAGAAUUUUCCGCUGGAAGGACUCCGUUUUGUGGGUCUCAUGUCAAUGAUCGAUCCGCCUCGACCAAAUGUACCCGAAGCUGUCAGCAAAUGUCGUUCCGCAGGCAUAAAGGUGAUCAUGGUUACAGGAGAUCAUCCCAUCACUGCUAAAGCCAUUGCAAAAUCCGUUGGCAUCAUUUCUGACGGGAGUGAAACGCGUGAGGACAUUUCCGAACGGAAAAAAAUCCCCUUGGAAGAAGUCAAUGUGGACGACGCGACAGCCUGCGUUGUGCAUGGUCAAGACCUCCGAGAUCUUUCAUCUGACGAGCUGGAUGACAUCUUGAGAAAUCACCCGGAAAUCGUUUUCGCGCGCACUUCUCCUCAGCAGAAGCUCAUUAUCGUCGAAGGGUGUCAACGUCUUGGUGCAAUAGUUGCCGUCACCGGUGACGGCGUCAACGACUCUCCGGCUUUGAAACGAGCCGACAUCGGGGUCGCAAUGGGCAUUGCCGGUUCGGACGUAUCGAAGCAGGCUGCUGACAUGAUCCUGCUUGACGACAAUUUCGCAUCCAUUGUCACGGGCGUGGAGGAGGGGCGAUUGAUUUUUGACAACUUGAAGAAAUCCAUCGCUUAUACACUCACCUCGAAUAUUCCAGAAAUUUCACCGUUCCUGCUUUUCAUCCUAGCUGAUGUACCGUUGCCCCUUGGCACUGUCACGAUCCUGUGCAUCGAUUUGGGAACUGACAUGGUGCCUGCAAUUUCCUUGGCUUAUGAGGAAGCGGAGUCAGACAUCAUGAAGAGACAACCGAGGAACCCAUUUACUGACAAGUUGGUCAACGAAAGGCUAAUUUCCAUGGCUUACGGUCAAAUUGGGAUGAUUCAGGCAGGAGCUGGAUUUUUCGUAUACUUCGUCAUCAUGGCGGAAAAUGGCUUUAGGCCGAUGACGUUGCUGGGAUUGCGCAAAGCCUGGGACUCGAAGGCCAUCAAUGACGUGAAAGAUUCCUAUGGUCAAGAAUGGACGUAUCAUGACCGGAAGGUGUUGGAAUUCACUUGCCACACAGCCUUCUUCGUGUCGAUCGUCGUCGUUCAAUGGGCGGAUUUGAUCAUUUGUAAAACCCGUCGAAAUUCUAUUCUUCAUCAGGGAAUGAAGAACUGGGUGCUGAACUUCGGACUGUGCUUUGAAACCCUUCUCGCAGCCUUUCUUUCAUACACUCCUGGAAUGGACAAAGGCUUGAGGAUGUACCCAUUGAAAUUCAAUUGGUGGAUUCCCGCGAUGCCCUUUUCCUUGAUGAUUUUCAUUUACGACGAAGUUAGACGCUACAUCAUUCGCAGAUGUCCAGGAGGCUGGGUAGAAAAUGAAACUUACUACUGAAUACUUGCCAAAUUUUCUGGCGAAAUCCCGAAUAUUCCGGAGAAAUCUGCACUGUAGUAGAGGACAAUUAUCCUGGAAAACUUGUGGGUGCUUUUACGGGGAGCUGAGGAAACAUUGACAGAGAUGAUUGAUUUUUGAAUUUGACGCUUAUGGUGUGAACACCUUGCAAUUGGCGCUAAUUCCCGAUUGAAGUUUUUGAGACAUAUCCAUACGUUCUCCGUUGUUCUUUGAUUGCUGUGUGUGGCUGUCAGUUUCGCCAAGCAAGAUAUCUGUCGUUCCGAGCUCCUAUGCAUUCGAUACGAUCGUCGCUAUUUCGUAACAUUGGACCAUUGUCGAUGGGCAGGGAAAAGGGAUUCGGCCGGCAUUGCAAUUUUAGCCCCGGGGAAAAAAGCGGCUAGGUUUAAAUUUUUGCUUCGAUAUGUCUGUGAAAGAUAGGGUUGACUGUGUAGCGGUCGUUUAGCGGGAGGGAUGUUUGGUUCACUCUUCGAUGAGUGAACUUUGCGCAGCUCAAUCCCUGGUACUUGCUAACUAAGAAUUUCUAGAGCAAGCCGGAUUAAAAAGGAUUGCCGUGGACCUCGUGUCGGGCAUUCUUCUUCGUCUGUGUAUCUUCGCUGUUUCUUCUAAUAUCUACUAUCCUCACUGCGAGAUGUAAUAUGAGGUUAUAGCGACUGUUGCUAUGGACGCAGAUGACGCGACGUUGUUCAAUGUGCUUGCUUCAAGUUAGUGGACUGGUGAGGUCAGUUGUAGGCGGAUUUUGAUGCUCUUAAGACCUGAAAAGCAUGUAUUUAUGAGUGAUCCACGCGCUAACAGACCCACAAGAAUGUCUGUAUUCGAGAAUGUCUAUAAUUAUGAAGAUAUUUGGGCAUUGGGAAGGAAGUUUUGGCAUCAUCUCAGAUACGAGUGUUCAGAUGAGCUCUAGGAAAGAAAUGGGGAAUUUGGUGGGUUCCCGAGACAACCACUGUUCGAGGCAAAUAUUUUACUUCGAUUCUGCUAAUCGAAGAGACAGAAGUGACAUGCAUUUUUUUCGGAUGCAAGAAGUGCUUCCUGCAUCUGAAUCAUUUUUAGACAUUUAUCGCUGCUGUCCAUAACAUGGCAUCAAUUUUCUCAAUUUUCCCAGAGGCCUUCCAUCAGUCCUAUUCCCAGAAAAGCCCUACGUUUUCCUUCUUUGUUCUCAGGCGCCGAAAACUUGCUGUUUUCCUCAACUUGCCAUGAUUUUCCCUCUUUUUCUGAAAUAUACUCGCUUUCUUUGACACAAAUUAUUAUUCAUUCUCAUGACUCCCAAAAACUUUCUGAGUAUUGGGGGUUGAAUAGCAUGUAAAUCAGCAUGUUGUCAUGCUUAGGAAUUGAGCAAAUAUGUUGGGAAAACUUUGCUGUUCAAGCUGUUUUGAUCUUUUCCGCUCUCUGUAUUUCCGAGGAUUGUGGUUACAAGUGGCUUGGACACUUGCUUGUGGAUGUAUGGAAAACUGAGUUCAUGUGAAAGUUACAUCUGCCAAUAGACGUCGUUUUAUUUUUUCCCCCACUGUUCGAAUCACUGGUUGUACAGCGGAGUGCAUUGAAUGUCGCAGAUUUUCUUGUCAGCUUCUUCCUUCCGCGUGCUUGAUUUCUAUGGAAUGCUCCGAAUAUUCUGGUCUGACAGUGUGGAUGAUUUCUCCAGAAGGCAUUUUUUCCUCCUUGCCUUCCCAUUCAUUCUGCGUCGCAUCUUUUUUCCAUACGCGUGGAGAACUGAAAAUGUCCCUUGACUCCAUUGGUUCUCUUUUGCCGGAAUCGCAACUAAAGCAUGAUUCUUCUCUA